AUGGAUCACAAAGAGUGCGCGAAAAUUGAGCAAAAAGAGGAAAGUGUUGGGUUUGAGCCAAGCACAAAAUUUGUGGCCGGAAGUGUGCAUGCGCGAAGUAAAAGCAAAGUAAACAGCAACGCCUUCACAUUGGAUUACGCGCAGUUAUACUUUAGACCGGAGCCAAUUAGUGGCCAACAUCAACAACAACAACAGCAGCAAUUAGCUCAACAACAGACACAGCAGACGCAACAACAGCUGCAGUUGCAGCGACAGCAACAGCAGCAAGUGCAGCAGCAAUUGCUCGCCCAACAGCAGCAGCAAUUGCAGAUCCAACAACUGCAGCAACAACUGCUGCUGCAACGGCUCGAGCGUGAGUUGCAGCAGCAACAGCAACAACAGCAGCUAGCCCAACAGCAGCAACAAUUUCUCUACCAUCAGCGUCAAUACUACGAGCGUCUAAGCACCUCUCCGGUCUCGCGUCAUCGCUGGCUGCCUACUAGUAAUCACUACGAUUAUCUGCCCCUGCUGCAGCAACAACACCAGCAGCAGCAGCACCACCACCAACAUAGCCAGCAACUGCAACAGCAGCAGCAACAGUACAGCUAUUACUUCAGUCGCGGCAGCAGCAGCAGCAGCGGGCUGGGGCUAGGCUUGGGCUUGGGCCUGGGUUUCGGUCUGGGCGGCAGCAAUCUAACCAGCUGGUACCAUCUGCCCUCCACCUCGGCGCACAUCUACAUUGGCAGCAGCAGCAGCGGCGGGGCACCAUAUCCGUAUCGACUGGGAUACAGCGGUGGCGGUUAUCCGGCAGCAGCGCUGAUUAACUUUGACACAUCGCCAACUCCGCUGCUAGCAACAUCGGCGGGCAGCUCACCUGGCUAUCUACCAGCUCUGCCGGCACCAGUGUUGCCACCUCCACCACCGGCGCCCAGUGUAGCCACCGACUACUAUUUCAAUAGCAGUGCCAGCAACAGCCGGACUCCUGCUGCAAUCAGCACAGGAACAGCCACUGCAACAGCAGCAGCAACAGCCACAGCCGCAGCAGCAGUUGCAGCAACAACCUCAGCGGCCGAACAUUUUCGGGAGUUCACAGCGGUCACAGCAGCAGCAGCAGCAGCGGCGGCGGCAGCAGCAGCGGAAGAGGAGCUACAAACUGGCGGCUAUCGCUACAAGGCAACGCCACGCCGGCGAUACGACGCCUACGACAACUACGGCUAUCUGCCGGGCCUUGCUAGCACCACCGAAGACGAGGACGAUCUGCUUGAGGAGUGCCUGCCAACGGCAUUGCUAUCCACGGACUGCGAAAGCCUUGAGGACGUACGCUUUCUGCAGUACAACAGCAACCAUCAUCCAGAGUACGACGACGACGACGACGAGGAGGCACAGCUGGCGCACAUACUUGAUCUUGAUCUGCCCGAUUUUCUACGCCCUUACAGCGGCAGCAGCAGCGGCGGCGGCGGAAGCAGACACAGCCACAAAACGCCGCCGCAACACGAAUAUCAAACGGAGCACGGCGGAGCAGCCGGAGCAGGAGCAGCAGCAGCCACAGCUGCUGGCGGAGGAGGAACAGGAGCAGGUGCUGGUGCAGGAGGAGGAGGAGGCGGAGGGGCCAACAGUGAAACCGGCAGCGGCAAUCAGUCGCAUCGCGAAGCGGAACAACAUCGCUAUCAUCACUACCAACAACAGCAGCAGCAGCAGCAACAACAUCAGCAACAUUAUAAUCAACAGCAGCAGCAACAACAGCAAUACCAUAGCCAACAGCCACAUCAGCAACACCAACAGCAACAUCUGCAUCUGCCAGGACAUCAAUCGCAACAACAGCAAGCCUAUCAGUCCUACCAAUAUCCAUCGCACGACAGCUGCGAGGGAUUCAAUCAGUUCGCCAACAACGCCAGCAGCUGCCUGGGAAAUCAGAGAAUGAUGGUUAGCAAAUUGUGGAACAGUUGCUUUCCGGAGUUUACUCCGGAUCAUGUGCAUCGCCACAACUUCUAUCUAUGCCAGUGGCAACGCAAUACGCAGGUUCGAAUUGUUUACCUAUUCUAUCGCUGGAUAACGGCCAUAACAUGCCUGGCGGCAUUGGUGUGCUCCCUGCUAGACAUUGGCCGGACUGAGGAGCAUUUCGAGCACCACUAUGCCAAGUGGUGGAUAUAUUUGACCCACUGGGGCCUGCUCUUCUGCACGGUGCAGGCGUGGUUAGCCGCUUGGAUAGUGACCCAGGGAAUGAUGGUCGAACGCGAGGAUUUUGAAAUUGUCCGACAAGCGAAGAAGAGUCGACUGCAUCAUCUCUACUGGGUUCUCUACACCUGUGCAACAGUAUAUGCGUUCAUCGUUACUAUGUGCUACUGGCUGCUUGUGCACAAUCCGGACCAUCACAAGAUUGAUGCCCUCAACAUUAUGGUGCAUGUGCUGAAUUCGAUUAUAAUGCUCAUCGAUCUUGCUAUUGUGGGGCAUCCAAUAAAGAUGAGCCAUGCCUACUUCACCACUGGCAUUGGCCUCGCAUAUGCCAUAUUCACGGGCAUCUAUUUCUUAGCCGGCGGCACAGACAGGAAAAACCAAACUGCCAUCUAUCCGAUGAUGGACUGGACCAAGCCGGGCAAAGCCAUCAUUGUAACGGCGUGCGCCAUCAUCUUUACGUUCUUCGUUCACUUCUGCUGCUAUCUGCUCUAUCGCGGACGCGUCUGGCUCUUCACCAAGCUCUGCAUCCGGGGACGCCACAAUCGGGAUGGCGAAAUGGGCGAGGGUCUCAACGACGAUUCGGGUUCGCGCAUGGGUGGAGGUGGUCCUAGUGGCGGCGUUGCUGCUGCUGUGGUUGGCGGCGGGGGCAGUAGCCAGGAUUAUGCGCACCAGCAGCAGUAUCCGAUUGCGCAUACAGAGCAGCCGCGUGUCAUCUCACAGCAGCCGCCGGCCAGCUACCAGCUGCCUCCACAAUACUCGGGCUAUCUGCAACAGCCGGUCGUUGCUGGCGUCAAUGUGGGCGUGGUCAGUGCGGAAGGCGUUUAUCAACCGAUCGGCACCGAUUCAGGACGCACAAGCGGUGGUGGAGUUGGAGCAGUUAGUGGAGGAAGCGUCAGUGGAGCUGAUGGCUCAAAUAAGCAUAAGAGCUCCGGUUCGGGUUCUGGAUCAGCACUGACGCGUACUGUGGCCCAUUUGGAUGCUGCGCAGCGGGAGCAGUUCCUUAAUCCCAACAAGAUCGUCGAGUAUAAGAUGUAAAGGCGUUGUACCCGGCACCGGUAUACGUUCCACUUGUCCAUGAAGUUUCUGGAGAAGCAUUGUGCUCAAUGCGAGGCGGCUCGCCAGGCCGUCAGUGAGGAGCAGCGCCAUCUGGCGUCGAGUGAAUCGCAUCCGCACAGUGGUUAGUUUAAGAUUUGAAGUUUAGCAGGUUGAUUUCGAUAAGCAUCAACGUACCAGAGCAUGUUGACAGAAGGGAGCUUAGUUGAAGCAUGCCUGGUAUUUGGCCUAUAUUCAGUAUAUAUUCGGUAUACAGUAUACAGUAUUCAAUAUUCAGUAUUCGUAACUGUAAAGUAGUUUCGUAAUUUUGUAAACGCUUUGCCACGUUUUUUGUUUUUUGUAUGUGUAGCCGCUUUGUCAGCUGCAGUAGUAAUUCAUUUUGCGCGUCAACCAAUAUACAUUAUAUGUAAUAACUUUUAAAUAGUUAUGUAUGUAUUGUAUGUAUGUGUAGUUGUCGUAUCCUGAAUAGAGUUUAGCAAAACUCAUCGAUUUUAAGCAGUUUUAAAUGUUUUCCAAUGGACUAAGUUGAACAUUUGUAUGUCACAACUCACACACAAAAAACACCCUUAUACUAUAAUUUAAUUCACAACAAUUGUGUUCAAGAGAGAAGUAGAAAACUUUAGAAACACAAACACGUAGUUCAUUUAUUGAUAUUUUGAUGCACAAGCAUUAAAGCUCCUGAAAAAAGAUAAAAGAACAUACUGCCUGAGGAUGUGGUACAGCCGUACACUCACUAACUCACAAGUAUUCGUACUCAUCUCGAAUUUGUAUUCCUAUGUUUGCUUUAUACACAAAAUUUUAUAUAUCGGUGCAGGUGUAAAAAAUGCGCAUGCCAAGCGUACUGUUGCAAACACAAUUUUUCAUUUGCAUGUUGUUCAUACUUUGGACACUGUGCACUCGCUUGUGACGUGAAAAAAAGAACACUACAAAAAGUAAUUGUUGAUUUAAAAACAUGCUUGGCAUUGCUUUAAAAAAGAAACCAAAAACUUUGAAUGAAACACAAAAUAUGAAGCUGUUAACAAUAAAAUGAAUAUUUUCUAGCAGUUCAUAAACUGCAAAAAAAAACAAAGAAAUGAUGAUAAUAUAUGCAUUAAAUGAUAAUCGCACGACAUUAUUAUAAUACUGAAGAAUAUCUAAAUCAAAUAUUUAAAUGCAAAAGAAAAACACGCUCUUAAGUACGAUGAAAAAAACAUAUUGAAAUCAGUAUUAAACAAAUGUUAUGAACAAUACAUUUUGCUCAGAAGCCACAAAAAUAAUAUAUGUAUAAUGAUGUUAUUGUUUAAUUGAGGGCUCUAAAAAUUUGUGAAUUGCAUACCUUAUACCACAAUUUAAUGACCUGAACGACACCAUGCUAUUUAAGUAUAUGUAUGUGUAUACUUAUCUAUCAUAUAAUUCAACAUUUAGCAACUUAUAUGUAUUUUAAAUACUUAUGUGUAUGUAAAUAGUUGGUUUUCUAUAUAUACAAAUAUAUAUCUAUAUACAAAAUACAUACAAAUAUACAUACGCAAAUGUUAAACAAUGAAAUCAAUAAAUGAAAAUCAUACUAAAGACGAAACAAAAACAUAAAUACAAAUAUAUGAAAUGUUGUACUAGAAAACUUCAAAAACAAAACCAAAAUCAAAAACAAUGAAUAAAACUCGUCAAGAGGAAUGUGUUAACAAACAAAUAAAUUCAAAAUGAUAUUUAACUACCUACACACACACAAAUACAGUAAAUAGAAUACAAAAACAAAAUACAAUAAAAAUAAUAAUUCUACAUAUGAAAGAAUGAAAAAUUUAAGUAAUACCAGCUAAUACCAAAAUCUUGUGAAAAUAAAGUAAUACAAUUAAUUUUUGAUAGAUUUACAUAACAACAAAAGCUAUAAAAACAGGCACACUCACAAACUACAUAGCACAUCACAUAUAUAAGAUAUAUGAAAAUAUUUUAACCCAACAACAGUUUUCCUUUAAUACCCUUUGCAGAGCACAAUUCAAAAAUUCUAUUGUCCAGAUAUGGCCUUAGUUUAUUAUUAUCCGAUACAAAUCGUUUCACUGAGCAUGUUUUCCUAGUGGAUAAUUUUAUAGCACCCACAUGUAAUUCUUAAAAAUUAUAUAAUGCAUAUUUUAAAACAAAUUCUAAAUUCUAAUAGAUUUUAAUUACAAUAAAACAAAAUUUGACUUGGAUUUAAUUCUUGUUUUAUAAAAUUGUAUUAAAUAUGUCUGAGUAAACAUAGAAAAAUUAUUGAAUGCAUUAUUUGUAUGACUAUGUAAGGGUAUUAACUCUUCGGCUAGCCGAUGAUACAUUUUUAUUUGUAAGUUACACAAUUAGGACGUGUUUAUGAGUUGGCAUUUACGAAUUUUUUUAAUUUUUUUUUGGCAGUUUUAAACCAGUUUUGGUGAAGGUUUUAGCAGAACUGAAAAAAAUGCUUCAUAUUCUUUAGUUUUUGUUCGAGCCUUUAGCAUAAAUGUAUAAAUGUAUGUUUAUAUAGACUGAAUAUUAUUAAAUGAACAUCUAAAGGAAGCCCAAAUAAUACAAAAUUAUUUACAAAUAACAAAUUAUGAAAACCGUUUUGGAUGGUAUAACAUAUAAACAAUAAUUAACCACAAAAUAAAAUAGUAAGCACAUAUCAACAAAUAAAAACCUAAAAAAAAAAACAAUUUUGAAAAAACUAAAGCACAAUGCAAAAAUAUUCUUCAAAAUAAAACUCAAAGUUGCAUAUUCUAAAAAACCAAAUCACAGUUGACCUCAUCAAAAACCAAAUAAAAGGAAUCAUCAUAAAUAUGAAUUAAUAUUAAACAAUCAUAAUAACGCAUACUUCUACACAUUUAUGUACAAGAGUAUGCAAAUUAUAUAUUAAGUAAAGAAAAAGAAAAAAUAAAUUAAAUAUUAUAUUUUGUAGAUUUUUAGUAAAUUAGAAGAAAAGUCAAAGUAUGUACAUACUUAUGUAUCUACUAUAUACAUACAUACAUACUGUACGUACAUAGAGAAUUGGAUUGUCAGCUACAUAUAGUAUGUACUAUAUAAAUAUUGUCGCGUGCCCGAGAGUAAAUCUGUAUGUGUAUUUGUAUUCAAAUGUUCAAGCAACAAAAGAGAAAUGGCAAAGCUUUAAGAUACUAGAACUGUUGGACGGAAAAUUUUUACUACAGAUUACUUAAGACGUUCAGUUAACAAAAAAUUGGCGCAUAACACAAACAUUUUCACAUAUGAACUACUUAGUAGUAGAUUCCAUCAAUGGCUCAGAAAAUAUUUGCGAUUAGUAAAAACCUAUAGAAAAAUCAAAUCAAAAACGUAUUAAGCAAUUGCACACGAAAAAAAAACAAUUUCAAAAGCCCCCAAUUAAAAUGCAAAUGUUGAAUGUAAUAAAUUUCAAUACAAAUAAUUAAUGUGAAAUUUAAAAGAAAAUCGAAAUAACAUUACACAAAAUGAAAUAAAUUAGUACUAAAAUCAAAUUGUUUACUUUCAAAGUAUUUCUGCGCAUUUAACCAAAAUGAAAAAAAUAAACAUAAAAAAAAAAUGUUCAAAAUAAAAAAAAUAAUGCAAUUAUCUGAAAUUGUGUUUAUAAUCUGUAUUGCAUCUGCAGAAACUUCAAUAAACUGAACCGCAUAUUAUGAAUAUAAUUAAACAAACAAUGAUUUUUAUUGACGUCAACAACAGCAAAAAGAAUAACCCUAAUUACAAAACCUACAUAUACAAAAGAAUGAAAAAGAAAACCAACUUUUAAGUGACAACAAUAGAGCGAUGACAGACAUCUUAAUGUAAGCUUAGCAACAACAAAAAUACAUGUAUUAAUACCAAGACAAAACCAUAAAUACGCAUAUAUACUUUCAUUAUAUGAAGUAUAAUUAACUAUUAUUAUUAUAUAUUUGAAAGCAAAGCAUUGUGAAUUAGUAUUAAAACAACCAACAACAAACAAACUGGUGGUAAAUAAAGAUUGUAAACGAAAUGAAUAAUAAUUUAUUACGACUUGGGAAAGAAAACAGUAAGUCAUGAACUUAUAUGAAUUUACUUUUCCACUAGCCCACAUACAUUUCCCUUUUAAUGACUGAGAAUACAUAUUCAAAUUAUUUUUUGUUAUCAUAGAUGUAUUUAUUAAUAUGUUGUGAUUUCUAAUACUUAAUACAAAAUCUAUUUGUCGAUUUUUUUCGUACAUUUAUAAUUGAUUUCAGGUUUAGUCAUACAUUUACUUUAUCAUUAAAUAAUUAGUAACAUAAUUUGGUUUAUUGCGACUUAAACAUUAAUCAUCAUUUAAAUGUGUAUACAAAUCACUUUCAUUUCACUUUUGCGUAGUUUAACAAAUUGUACAAAUAAAAUAUGAUGGGAGAGACAGCAAAAGGUAAGUAAUUACACUUUAUAUCACGCAUGGGGUUUGUAGAGUGGUUGGCAGAACUUGGACAAAACAACAUAAGAACUGUGCAAAAUAAUUUACGAAAGUGUAUUCUUUCAAUAACCAAAAGUUCGAGGAUUGCACGGCCAUAUCCACGUCUAAGAGAGUUUUAAAUAGGAUGGGGGCGAGCAUUUCUUACGCAAAAAUUUGAUUAUAUACAGAGGUAAGCAGGAGACGACUGUGAUGAGCGAUACUUUCCAGAGGAAGUCGUAAGACCAGAUAAAUUCCCAGUC